GCACGAACCCCCUCCCUUCCCUCUUUCGACCGCGACCCACACCGCCACCACCGCACCACGCCGCCGCCCUCCGCACCACCAACCGCCGCCGCCCCUCUCUCUCUCUCCUCUACUUCCUCAAAGAUGACCCGCACCAAGCAUUCCGCUAAGAGGCACCGGGACAACACCGGUGCUAGCUCCAGUCGGGCCAACCCAAACAGAAAUCAGCAGCCGAUUGUACCAUACCAACCCCAGUUUCGGGAUAACGCCCAAAAAGAGAAAUUUGAGGAAUUAAUGCAAAGGCGAGCGGGAAAAAUAUUGUUCCCCCAUUUGCCUACACUGGAGAAAGCCGGAAUCCAAGACGAGGUGAUGCAGC